CAGGUUACCACAGCUUGCCGUCUCUGCGAAGAUAUUGUGCCUCCUGAUGGUGGUGGUCUGCGGUGCGGUGCCAUCGAUGGUAGUCCGGUCGGUUCGCCUCUACAGCCAGUGCUCCCAUAUGUACGUCAACGUGUUUCCAAACGGUACCGUCAUGGCUCGCUCCGAUGGAAACGACCAGCCGAAUCUCACCAUGAGUAUCAGCGGCAUCAACUUAGAGCUGCUAAUCCACUCUCCUAUGCAGGACAUGUACCUCUGCUUCAACCGGUCCCGACUAGUGGGCAGACGAUUGACUUACUUCCAAGCGGAGAGACAACCCAACUGCCUAUUCAAAGAGGAGUUUGUGGACGGCUACAACAGAUACCACCUGGUGAAGAACGAAGACCGCUACAUAGGGUUCAACCGGAGGGGCCUGCAGCUGCGGCGCGGGAAGAGCCGGCUCACGGAGCGCCUGCACAAGUGUUUCUCUUUCAUGAUCGAGGCCCAAGACUUCGACGUCGACAGGCACAACCUAGAGCGCGCCGGCAACAUGCUCAGGUCCCGCCCGGUGCGUCCGCAGCGUAGGCACCGGCCGUCGGCGCCGUGCCACGGCACGCGUCACCACCACGGCCGGCCUCAGAGGCGGAGGAACUGCGACGGCACGUAGGCCGCACGCACCCUCAACACAUUAGCAGCAUUUACGCUUCAACGCUUCGCGCGUUCCGUUGCCAGCUGUCGAUGGACAUUGUGAGUGGACAGAGUAUUAGUCAACUAUCGCAGUAUUAUUACAGUGACGUGAACUGGAUAGCGUUAGGUUAGCUCGGCCGCGGUGGCCGCGGCGUUUCAAACGCCGCAUGAAUGGUAGCUGAAGCGAGAGAGUAAACAUUUGAAUGGGAAAAAAACGCCGAGCCGGGACGACGUCCGGAGCUGUGAAAUUCCUUAAGCUCGUGUAACAUUGUGGCGCUCGUUUGCUCUUGUGCCAGCGGUCGGACUCGUGCUCUAAAAGGAAAAAAGGUUUUUCUGUGGAAAGAGCAAAUAGUAGUCUCGGCAGUCACGAGUGUUGCGCCGGACCACCGCUGCAUCGACCGUCGCGUGGGGAACAACUUGGACAACGCGUUGGAAGUCUGGGUAGCCCUCGAUUGUACCGGCUGGCUCGCCAUCAGUGUAGCAAAAACGCCUUUACGUCAAUUCUCAGUGUGUUAUUAUUUAAAAUGCUUUAUUAUUAAGUACGGAUCGUGUUAUCUGCUUGUAAAUAUAAUAAAAAUAAUUGUGUUUACUUAUUUAUCAAACAAAUGUUAAUCAGAAAUUUGUAAACGUAGGUAUUAGAUGUAAAGUUGUAUUAAAAUGUUUUGUAUUUAAUUAUGGGUAUUUAAUCUAUCCGACCAACCGCUCUCUUGUGAUUAGCCACAGUCGCUAUGACCUAGUUUUCUUUACUAACUCCAUGUACUGAAACUUUUCCUUACUACUGUUCAUUUGAAUAUAUUUUCCGGUCGAUUUGUGAAUUUGAUUGUAUGGUUUCGAGCGCUUUGUAUAUAUUAUUUUAAGAGUUUGUAUGAGAGUGAUAGGUACUUGAAUCUCUUUUGUCGAAGUCAUCCCGAUUUCUGGCGAUUCUUAGGAUGUUUUUUCUAUGAUAAAGUUGCCAGUUUCAUUAACAUUAUAAGUUGGAAUAUGGUAGAAGUCAGUAUCGAGUGUUCUGCUGUUAUCCAUAUGUUUGUCACCGUCAAUACAUAUAAAGGACAUUUAUAAUCUUAAUAUUUUAAUAAGAUCUGUGCCAUAGUGUCGUGGCAGUGUAUCUAUGUGUUCGCAUUAUAACUAGUGUGUUAAUUUCGUCUGUAAACUUGGAGUAGAUAAAAAUAUUAAACUUAAGAAAAUAUAACAGAAUUUAUUUAACUUUGCAAUCAUAUUCAGGAGGAAAACAUGGAAUAUUACGUAAUUUUCUUAUAAGUAAGCAGUAUUGAUACAUAAUUUUAGUGAAAAUAUUUGGGAAAUUUGUCGAUAACAGAUUACCUUUGAAUGCCCACCAUUGAACAAAUGCGUACAUUAGUGAACUGUUGGAAAUUAUUGCAAAGUUAAUAUGAAAAUUUAGUGAAAAUAAUAUUUGUAUCAUGUACCCAGUGUAUUCAGAUUACAAGUAAAGUUAUCGAUUAAUGUCGAACAUUAAAGUGGAGUGAGUAACCCGUUGAUCGCGAUAACACAAGACCUAGCAAGGUUUUCCAACCUUUAACAUCUUGCGAGCACAUUUCCAAUAGUGCUCAUAACUCUGUACGGACAACACAUAAAAUUGUACUGAAUAAUGUUCGCUAUUAAUCUCGAGUUGCCGUUGUCACCAUCGAUGUAUUAUAUACGUUGCUUUACAUUCCACCAUUAUUAUAUAAAACAUUAAACAUAGAAAACAAACCGUAAAAGACAUUGAAACAUUCCAAACAAUGUAUACAGUACAACCAAUAUAACUUGACUCGUCCGAAGUACGCUACAAGCGUAUCGUUGUCGCUGUCGCUCGCUGUCUCCGCGCUACUGACAUCUCCCUCAUUCACAUUAACGCCUAACUUCAUAGAGGUCAAGAUAUGUUAGCUGUGCUGUUUAAUAGUUAACAAAAUAUGCGCUUAUAUACAUAAUAAAUUUGUUAUAAUAACUUGACACUGUCUUAUGUAUUACUGUGUCUAAUUAUAAGUAUUCCGAUGCUGAGAACGAAAUAUAAUUGCUAAGAAAAAUUACGAAAUUAAAUCAUAUUUAACUCGCA